CGGAAUUCUAAGCGAUUACGUGUUUGCUUUCGAUAAGGCGGGAAAACGCUGCCGACUAAGGAUACUCGCAAGUGUUUCGUACGGUUCUCGAAAGAGGUAAAUCGCACUUAUGUGCAUAUGUGCUUCAAGAAUUAGUGAUACAUAUAAGAAAUAUCUAAGCAAUUUUGGAAUAAUCCUGUGUAUAAAACCGUAAGCGUUCGGUGUGAAGCUGUCAACAUCAAACGGCUCAAAUUCAGAUCGUGAAGGAUUAUUUUUUUAGGCAUCGCAAUAUUUUGUGAUUCGACAGCUAUGCACCACUUGCGGUGGCAGCGUGCGGCUAUGCUGUAUGAUAAAUGGUCUCCGCCGGCUGAAAUUAAGUGUCACUCAUACGCCAUGUGAGUCGGCUGUUUCGCUUCGCCACGAUACAAUAGCCGCGAUCUCGGGCGGAAGCCGCGCGUGUUGGUGUGUGUGCGUGUUAAAGCGGAUUUUCCGCUGAAUAGCUAUGAAUCCGGGGUAAAACUAAAUAGUAAAUGAUAAGAUCAACAACAACAACAAAUACAGAAAUCAGUUGAAUGCGACAAGCGGUGACAAAAUAGAAAACAUAGCCGCGAUAAUAAGCAGAAAUUUAGAAAUAUAAAAUAUAUAAACGUACGAGAACAAGUUUGUGCGGGCGUGUGCUUUUCGAGUGUCCGCGUGUAUUUCAUUCAGAGCUUAAUGCGGAUUUGUGUCGAUACAAUCGCGUGCUAGAAAUCGUACCAUUCCCGGAAUUUCCGUUUUCAUCUAAAUCGCUGUGUUGCCUGUUCUGUGUCGUGUGUUGUGCCAUGUGUGCUAUGCAAAGAAAUCAAAAUAAAAGGCAUAAUGUUAAUGGCCCUUCAUCACUUCAGUUCGCAGAAUUCCACACCAUUUCGUCUAAUGGGAAAUAGUAGAGAAUAUAAAAGUAAUUUCGUACAGCCGCCCUUGCCUUUAGCAAAUUGAGCGAGUGCCAAUAAAAUUGGUGGAAUUAUUAUAAAUGUUGCCGAUUAAGAUCCUAUCCGUGGGUUAAUGGUUCAGCUGUGCGUCGGAAGUGUCGCGUUUAACGAGUGAAUCGAAACAAGUGUUCGUGGGCGUCGAACCAUUCUAUGUGAAAGUGUAUAAUAAGUGCGCAACAAGCUGCAAUUACUGCGUGAAUUUAAGCUCUAUUCUUUAGAAAGGGCGGAACUCCACUAAAUAUUUCAUUGUGCCCGUCAUCGGUCGUAUUUUGCCGGGAAAAGUCGCAUAUGUAUGUGUGCCUUAUAAGAUCGGCGAAUUAUACUAAUUUGGAUAGAGUAGACAUUCUCCCUGCUAUGAAGUUGUGGCUUCACAGCCAGCAUCGCCAGCGUUGUGAAACAACUUACAAAUUACCAGUCCAGGGACCGGGAAUAUGGGUGACCAAGUGUGUGUUUAAGUGAAUAUGGCAUAAGCUAUGGUGAACUGGUGCAAAUAUGCAGUGCCAAGGACAUAAAUCAAAUUUAGCCAUUUCCAGUUGCUCGCGCAGUAACGGUAUUUAAAGCAGUGCGAAGCAGUUAAGGGCAUACGAGUGCCACGACAACCACAUUCACCGCAACUUCAAGCAGACACUCAUACCGGGAUUGGCAGCAUGUCCAGCCAUUCGGGCACGAUUGGCCGCAAACGCGGUGGCAGCGCCAGCGAGUACUACUUUGGUGGCGGCAGCACCGGCGGCGACCAGAUGCGCCGACAGCGGUCGGCUGAAUGGCACAGCCACCACGGCUACAGCAGCAGCGAGGACGAGUACCAGAACACGACGCAGUCGACAGCCUUCGAUACUCAACUCUUGGCACAGCUGCUGUUGCAGAGUCAGCAGUUGGCAAAUUUGGAUCGCUAUAAUUCUGACUGCGAAAACCCAAUUAACUCUUCAUCUCUACUUACCGAAUAUUCGAACAGCAUGCGAGACUCUGGCGCCACUUCAGCCUUUCACCUACAAAUGCAGCAGCAAAACACGGGGCUGUGCUCACCUAUGAAACAACAGACUGAUCUUACUGCCAUCGUGUCAGCAUCACAAACCACUGCCGCCAACAAAUACCAAGCAAAUCCGCCGUCACUGAGCGUGGCUCUUCUUCCAAACAGCGCCAGCACAACGCGAAGUACAAAUCCAUUUCUAAACGCCAAGUAUGAUACACAAUCCAACUCGGAUUCACUGAGUGACCGACUGUCGUUCUCGGGCAGCGUAGUGAUGUUGGAUCGUUUGCAGGCGGCUGCUGAAACCGCCGCAGCGCUAUCCGCAAGCGGUAACAGCACCAUUGGCUUAAAUGCGCUCAACUCUUCCUUUCUAUUGCCAACUAGCUCCACCGCCAGCAGCCUGAAUCCAAGCAUCCGUGACAGUAAUAGCAGCGGAGCGCGAACCCAUCGCACGAAAAGCGGUCGCGCACAAAGCCGUGCCGUCGCUGGAGCAGGCAAUGUCAGUGCUUCCACGGGUGGAAUGACCUCUUCUAGUAGUGGAGCCUCAUCCUCAGCAGAGGCUGCUGGCGCCGCUAUCGCUAGUCGCAGCGAGCGGGAAAAAUUUAAAUUGCAACAAAUGCAAAAGGAACUGCGGGAGUACACGCAAUCUACUGCGGAAAGCUCCAUCGGCAUGGAUUUAGAUGAGUUCAUCACAUCCGGCGGCGAGUCCGAGCCGCCACCAGAGCCAGCACCACCGGAAAUACCGCCACGCACCCAGUCGCUUCUAAUGUCGUUACGAAAGCAUUCGGACUACAAGCUCAAAUACGAUGAAAAGGGCGGCCAAAAGCAUGAAGAGUUUAUACCGACGAGUCAAUUGCACCAGCAGCAACAACCAGCUUCGCAGAAGGAUUUUAUAAUUGCCGAUAAUCAGUCGAAGUCAAGCGAUACACAGAGCCAAUCAGGAUUGGGCCCAAUGCCGGUCGGGCAUCCACAACAGAUGGCUCAAAGUAUGUCAACAGGCAAUAACACGCUGGGUCACGGCGGCAUCGAUCGCGGCGGCGGCGGAGGAGGCGGUGUGCCUGGCGGAGGUGGUGGGCCCGGCAUGAAUGGACCUGGCGGGCCCCACUGCCAGAUGAGCGGCUCGCAGCCACUGGUGAUGCCUGGGUUCCCAUUGCGAAACUCGCACUCAGCGCACACUCCGCACUACUCGCCAUAUUCGCCAUCCAGGUUUCACAUAGAUAAGCGCUGUCAGCACCGAUGUUCCUGGAAAUGUUUGAGUAUCGCCUUAAUACUAGUAACAGUCGUCCUAAGCGCCAUGUUGACCUACUUUGCAGCCGUGAGUUCGAUGAAACCCAACAUGGACACAACCAAUUGCAUCCUAGUCCAAGAUGUGAAAUCGCAACCACAUGAUCUGCUCGGCAACACGAAGACGAGCGGAAACAACGUCAAUGGGGGUCAGUUGCCGACGGCAUACCCCACAGAGGAAUCGAUACAAACGAGCACUUCGGACCACAGUGGCACUAGCACCGGUUAUGGUGGCAUGCAGAAUUCGGCGCCGUCGCUCCAGCUACAACAGCAGCAACAACUGCUACUGCAACAACCAAACGCUAACAAUCAUCAGCAGACACUGGCUGGCGGCCCAUUAGAUGCUACCUCCCACCUUCAGGACCAGUCGUACACGGCGCAACAACAACAGUCGGCUCAGCACCAACAGCAACUGUUGAAGUGGCCGCAGGUGGUGGAGCUGAAAGAUUUUAAUGAAUUCUACCACGCCAACAUUCCGCCAUACCAAUUCUGGAACUUGGAAUUCCGCAACAAGCAUCCAGCCUUUAUUCGCUUCAAUUUCACGCUACCGUGGGGCGCUAGCUUUGCGGUUUACUCGCGCCGCAAUGUGGCACCGUCUGUGACGCAACACGAUUUUGUCGAGUUCAUCAAAGGCGGGCGCCUGGAUAGUCACUUGCGCCACAAACGAGCUGCUCAGUGGCGUAAUGAAAGCGGCCAGGGUUUCAAGGACUUCAAUACCGACAUCGAAUUGAUGAGUAACGGUGAAGCUGGCGUUGAGGAUGUGGAUGAAAACCUGCAACGCGUGUCGCACGAAUCCGUUGGUAGAGUAAAUAGAUUGUCAAGCCUUUAUGUGGAUGCAGAUGAUUCGCUGGAUGAAGCCGACAACGACGAUUAUUACGAAGGUGAUUACGAUGUAGAAACGCCGCUGGACAUCGCCAAGAAUUACGCGCAGCGACAAACAGCGCCACAACACCAACUCUAUAAGCGCUCGGCCAUGGGCAUUGGGGGAGCUGGGGGUAUGACCGAUGGCAUGGGUGGACUACCGGCGCUGGACCUGGAUACAAUGAUGGUCAAUGUGUCGCUGUUGCAGUACCUGGAUACUGGUCUGUGGUUCAUUUCUGUUUACAAUGACGAACUAGUAGCCCACUCGGUUACUCUGGUGGUGGAGGAGGCCGAGGGAGUGAGCACAACAUGCCCAAACGAUUGCUCUGGUCGCGGCAGCUGCUACCUUGGCAAAUGUGACUGCAUCGAUGGCUACCAGGGUACAGACUGUUCGAAAAGUGUCUGUCCGGUGCUUUGCUCCGCUCAUGGCCAUUACGGUGGUGGCAUAUGUCACUGCGAAGAGGGAUGGAAGGGUUCCGAGUGCGACAUACCAGUCGGCGAAUGUGAGGUGCCGAACUGCUCCAGUCAUGGACGCUGCAUAGAGGGCGAAUGCCAUUGUGAACGCGGUUGGAAGGGACCGUUCUGCGACCAACAUGACUGCCUUGAUCCCCUGUGCUCCGGACAUGGCACUUGCGUGGCCGGUCAGUGCUACUGCAAGGCCGGCUGGCAGGGUGAGGACUGCGGUACCAUCGAUCAGCAGGUGUACCAGUGCCUGCCCGGCUGCUCCGAACACGGCACGUACGAUUUGGAGACAGGCCAGUGUGUGUGCGAACGUCAUUGGACCGGACCGGAUUGCUCGCAAGCUGUCUGCAGUUUGGACUGCGGUCCCAACGGUGUCUGUGAGUCGAGUAAGUGCCGUUGUAAUCCCGGCUGGACUGGAAAUCUCUGCGAUCAAUUGCCCUGCGACGCCAGAUGUUCGGAACAUGGGCAGUGCAAGAAUGGAACUUGCGUGUGCUCGCAGGGCUGGAAUGGACGCCACUGUACGCUCCCUGGAUGCGAGAACGGUUGUUCGAGGCAUGGACAGUGUACGCUGGAGAAUGGCGAAUACCGUUGCGACUGCAUUGAGGGCUGGGCUGGCUCCGACUGCUCCAUUGCGCUGGAAAUGAAUUGCAAGGACAACAUAGACAAUGAUGGCGAUGGUAUGACUGAUUGCUCGGACAGCGAGUGCUGCUCGCAUCCCGCCUGUGCGGAGCACAUCAUGUGCCUCUCUUCCAACGACCCCGUGGAGGUGCUGCUGCGCAAGCAACCUCCCUCUGUGACCGCGUCCUUCUACCAGCGAGUUAAGUUCCUGAUUGAGGAGAACUCGGUGCAGUCCUACGCACAUAUGGACGAGUAUAGCGAAAAUCUCUUCUGGAACUCAUUCACACCUUGUCGGGUGUCGGUAAUGCGUGGACAGGUCAUUACGCCGCAAGGACUGGGCAUUGUUGGCAUUCGGGUCUCGGUCGAUCGGGAUUCGAGGUUUGGAUUCACUCUCACGCGUCAAGGAGGAUGGUUCGAUGUGCUCGUGAACGGUGGAGGUGCGGUGACGCUGCAGUUCCAACGCUCUCCCUUCAGGCCUCUCACGCGCACUGUCUUCGUGCCGUGGAAUCGGAUUGUGGUGUUGCCACCGGUGCAGAUGCAGCUCAGCGACGAUGACGAAAGCAACGGUCGCAGCGUAAAAGUGGCCCCAAUGAACCCGGCAUUGACCUUCCUCAACUCCAUACUCUAUCACUUCGCUGACGAGCAGGCGGAUGUGAGCAAAAUAUGCGUGGAGCACGACCACGAGGAGCUGAAACCUCAAUUAAUUAGCACCUGGAUGCCGAACGGCGUUGGCGCUAUGCCCGGCAAGCGCGUCAUAUUUGCCGAGACGCAGAUUGUACAAGAAUCCAUACAGAUACCAGGUUCGGACUUGCAUCUUACAUAUCAGUCGUCGCAGGCCUCGGGCUAUUUGAGUAUCGUACGCAUGCGUCUCACAGCCGAAAAAAUACCAAAGACCCUGACUCAUGUGCAUGUGGGCGUUGAGAUUGAAGGUGCAUUGCAUGUGAAAACAUAUGAGGCGGAUCCGAACCUAAUACACACAUUCGCAUGGAACAAGCGCAAUGUCUAUCGGCAAAAGGUCUACGGGGUCACCAUUGCACGCAUCUCCGUCGGCUACCAGCACUCGACCUGUAAAACGCCCGUUUGGAUUACACAAACAGCCAAGCUACAGGGCUACGAUGUGGACAUUUCCGAUAUCGGCGGUUGGGGUCUGGACAUUCACCAUCACUACAACUUCCAUGAGGGCAUACUACAAAAGGGCGAUGGCAGCACGCUCCACAUGAAGGAAUACCCACGCACUGUGAAAGUAGUGAUGGGCACUGGCCUGCAACGCCCCCUCAAUUGUCCUGAUCACUGCAAUGGUAUUGCUAAGGAUGCCAAACUACUCACACCCAUUGCAUUGGCUUCUGGGCCAGAUGGCAGCCUAUAUGUGGGCGAUUUCAACUUGGUACGACGCAUAACACCCGAUGGCAAAGUUUACACAAUAUUGCAACUAAGCGCGACGCAAGUGUCCUAUCAAUACUACCUAGCUGUCUCACCCGCUGAUGGUCACCUCUACAUAUCCGACCCGGAGCGGCACCAAAUUCUACGACUGCUGCGUUUGGAGAAGGUAAAGGAUCCCAACAUCAACAGUGAACCGAUUGUGGGUAGUGGUCAGCGAUGUAUACCUGGCGAUGAAGGCAACUGUGGCGAUGGCGGACCGGCGUUACAAGCUCGUCUUUCACAUCCCAAAGGUUUGGCCAUUGCUGCUGACCGCACAAUGUACAUUGCGGAUGGCACCAACAUACGCGCGGUGGACCCUAAGGGCAUCAUACACACUCUGAUUGGACACCAUGGCCACCACAACCACUGGAGCCCGGCACCGUGCUCCGGCACAUUAAUGGCAAACCAAGCUCAGUUACAGUGGCCGACGGGCCUGGCACUCAGUCCACUGGACGGCUCACUACACUUCAUCGACGAUCGCCUCGUGCUGCGCCUCACCUCCGACAUGAAGAUACGCGUCGUAGCUGGCACUCCUUUGCAUUGCAACAACAAUGGCCAAGACAAAACCAACAAGACGUCAGAAAAUGUGCUAGGCACAGUACUCGCGAUGGCAUUCUCACCCUUCGGCGACCUCUACAUCGCGGACAGUGAUUCGAGGAGAGUCAACUCAAUCCGCGUGGUUGACACGGCAGGCAACAUGCGGUAUUUCGCAGGAAAGCAAGAGGGCUUAGGUUCACUAACCUGCGAUUGCUCCGGUGGCAACACCGUCAACGGUUCAACAUCCGGUCUGGCCUCGGCGCAUUCAUCAACAGGCAACAGCGGCGUCGGCAGCGCCUACUCAACGACCAUGAAUCCGAAGCGCACAACCACACCGACUACGCCAGCUGGGGGCAAUGGGCAUGGCAACGGCGGAAACGGAAAUGGGGCCGCCUUUAGCAACGGCGGGGCGGCCAGUGGUGGCGGUGCAACUGUGGGUGCACCAUGCAUCUGCAGCGGCGGCGGUGUCGGUGUCACGGUCGGUGCUCCCAGCGGACUGGCGGGCAUCGUGGCCGGUGGUAAUUUAAUGUCAACUGGACCGACCACAACCACGACGAUAUUGCUCGGCGCCAAAACAACAGCUGCGGCGAACAGCAUGGGCGGCGCCAUGAAUGAUGACGGCACUCUGAGCAACGCGGAGACCUUGCUGUCGUCGAACGCGCGCUUCCAGGCGAUUUCGGCAAUUUCGGUGGCACAGGACGGCGUCAUUAAUGUGGCAGAUCAAGGUUCUCUUCAUGUGCUUGCACUUGAGCAUUAUCUUCCAUCACACGAUGAAAAUGGCGAAUUCCACAUUCCAUACCCACCAUCUAGUGAGAUUUAUGUCUUCAAUCGUUAUGGCCAACACGUUGCCACGAAAGACCUGACAUCAGGAAAGACACGUUACAGCUUCCUAUACUCAAAGAACACUUCCUUCGGUCGACUUUCCACCGUAACCGAUGCAUCCGGCAAUAAAAUUCAAUUCCUCCGAGACUACAGCAAUGUUGUGAGCUCCAUUGAAAACACACAGGAUCACAAAUCGGAGAUUCAAAUAAACGGAAUCGGCAUUAUGACCAAGUUGAGUGAGAAAGGUCGCCAAGAGAUCGAGUUGGAUUACGACAGUAAUACCGGGCUGCUUAUGUCACGCUCUUCGGGCGGUGAAACCUACAUCUAUCAGUACGAUGAAUUCGGACGAGUUACGGGCACCAUCUUGCCCAGCGGAGAAAUUGUACGCAUCACUUCACAGCUUGCCGACAACAAGGGAUUGACCGUUUAUGUGCACGCUUCGGUUGAGUCUCUGUUCUCACGCGAACGAGGUGAAACUAAUGAACUACUUGUCUUGGGCGGUGUGCGUUCUACAUUUAUGAAGAAGGGUGGAGAGAACGCGGAUGCAGAAAUUAAACCUAACAACACACUUGUUAUUCACAGUGCUAACGGUGUGGUUGUUGAGUCUUCGGCAGUCGCCAGACACCCCCUACUCGAGGCCGCCUUGCCAGUCGAAGCCGAAAUGUUGGCUAUGUGGUCCCAUCAAAGCGUCACCAUGGGUGAGGGACUGACAAAUAAUAUGUAUUCGGUGUAUAAUUUAGUCGGCGAUGUGCGUAAUCCUCAGCAAACACUCAAUCGCGAGAUUUGGGUAAACCAAUCACGCGUUAUUGGGGUAGAGUACGAUCAAUUUACAAACCGUGAGACAUUCUACGAUAUGAACCGCACUCCUAUACUUAUCGUAGCUUACGAUCAAUCGGGUCUACCAAAGUCAUACUACCCCACUAAUGGCUACCCUGUGAACAUCACCUACGACCGCUUUAAUCGAGUCGAAGGCUGGGCUUGGGGCGUAGCCGAACUCAAAUACUCUUACGAUCGACAUGGUCUACUCUCCGAAAUCACCUCACAACAAGACGGCAUCAUAUCAUUUGUAUACAACGAUUGGAAUUUAGUAUCGGAGAUCGGUUUGGCCAGCCAGCGAAAGUUUGUGUUGCAAUACGAUGACUCCGGUGGUCUGCGCCAUGUUUUAAUGCCAUCUGGCACUAAGCAUUCCUUCAGCAUGCAGACCUCAAUUGGAUUCAUUCGCUGCACAUACACUCCUCCCGGCAGUACACGUGCCUACUUACAGCAUUACAGUCAUUCCGGUGCCCUACUUCAGACCAUAUUCCCUGGUGAUGGAGCGCGUAUUGUUUACCGCUACAACUCAGGUGGUCAGUUGGCCGAAAUCGUCCAUGGCGAUGGCAAAAGCGAAUUUAUCUACAACGACGCUACAGGCAUGCCCAGCACUGUCUCGCACACCGAACGUGAGUUGGAGUAUCGUUGGGACUUUGAAUAUACCGGCGGUUUACUGAGCGAGGAACGAAUUGACUAUGUGGCAAAGACAGGACUGAGCAACGCUAAGUUCACAUACGAGUAUGAUACCGAUUUCCGAGUUAUCUCAAUUCAAGGUCGCAUUGGUGGCCAGAAUUUACCGUCACAGAAUUUCGCCUACAACCAACGAACUGGUCAGCCAAGUUUGAUAGGCCAGUUCAAAAUUAUGCAUCCGAUGCUGAAUCAAACUCAAGUCUACGAUGGUACAGGGACUUUCACACGCACAGUCGACGGCCGUUUCAUGACACAGAAAGUCACGUUGUCCAUACACCGUCUCGAGGUAUUCCGCAUGGAAUUCUCCUUUGGCAUGCAUGGACGGAUAACGCAGACGCGUACCUACACCCGAAAUAUGGCCGUCAAUACCUAUACGAAUGUGAAGAACUACACUUGGGAUUGUGAUGGACAAUUGAUUGGUGUUGAGGCUCAGGAACCGUGGGGCUUCCGAUAUGACGACAACGGCAAUUUACUCUCUUUGACCUACCGCGGGAACACAAUUCCCAUGGAAUACAAUACACAAGAUCGUAUUGUGAAAUUCGGAGAAGGCCAGUACAAAUAUGACACACGCGGACUUGUUGCUCAGAAUGCGCGAGAAGAACGUUUCCACUACAAUACCCAAGGCUUGUUGGUCCGUGCAACAAAACGCGGUCGGUUCGAUGUGCGCUACUAUUACGACCAUAUGAAACGGUUAACCACCAGAAAAGACAACUUUGGCAAUGUCACACAGUUCUUCUAUAAUAAUCAACAACGUCCCUACGAAGUAUCCCAAAUUUACUCACCACGCGAUGGCAAGCUAAUGUCUCUGACCUAUGAUGACGUAGGCCAUCUCAUCUAUGCACAAGUAUACCGUCACAAAUACUACGUUGCCACGGAUCAAAGUGGUACACCGAUUAUGAUCUUCAAUCAGUAUGGCGAGGAUAUUCGCGAGAUUAUGCGUUCACCAUUCGGGCAUAUUGUCUACGACUCCAACCCUUACCUAUUUUUGCCCAUUGACUUUUGUGGCGGUAUCUUGGACCCCGUAACAGCACUCGUGCACAUGGGCGAUGGAAGAGUCUACGAUCCACUAAUCGGUCAAUGGAUGUCUCCCAACUGGGAGCAUGUAUCUGAGCGUAUUAUUACACCAACGAAGAUGCAUCUAUACCGUUUCAAUGGCAAUGAUCCUAUAAAUGUAGAUCACGAUCGAAAUUAUCCCGCUGACUUCUCUUCAUGGAUGAAGACACUUGGUUUCAGCAUAAAGAACAUGAUACCACAACUAACGCGAAACCUUUGGGAGCAACCCUCACUGUGGGGACGAGCACCACAUAAUCCGAUUGCGCUGAAUAUGAAACGUCCCAUAGACAACAUACCAACCAUUGCUGUGGAGAGCGGUUUUCUAGCACACCUCAAUGUUCGUAGGAUGUCGAACUUCGAGGAUUUAUCUGCACCUCCAAAGUCGGCUCUCAAGUUCGAUGUUAUGAACCCCAGCCCACGCAACAUCGGCUCAGAUACGGAGCCACCAUUCGGCAAAGGUAUUGUCGUGUCUCGAACUAGCGACGGUGAAGCAAUCGUGUCCAGCGUUCCUGCGGCAAAUGCUAUCUAUCGUGAUGUCUACACAUCCGUCUUCAACCGCUCAAAGCUGUUACCGUUCACAUUUGUCGUACACAAUGCUCAGCAAGAUUCGUUCUUCUUUGUCAAAGAGGAGGCGUGGCGCGCCAGUGAGGAUCGACAGCAACUGAAGCGUCUGCAAGGGCAAGUAAAUACCACAUUCCACGAAAACUCUAGGGAAAAUGGCAGCGGCAACAACUAUUUGGAUGUGAAAAUUCACGGUGCUCAUGCUAUCAUCAACCUUCGAUACGGCACCACAGUGGAGAAAGAGAAGCAGCGACUUAUGCACCAUGCCAAGUUGACGGCUGUGCGUAAGGCGUGGCACCGCGAGAAGGAAGCACUGCGAAAUGGUCUGACAACAGCUAUAGAAUGGAACCAACAGGAGAUUGACGAGAUUCUGAAGCAAAGCUACGCGAACAACUACGAGGGCGAGUACAUACACGACGUCGCGCUGUACCCCGAACUAGCCGAGGACCCCUACAACAUCAAGUUUGUGAAGAAGAAAGGUGCGACGGGUGGUGCCGCCGGUGUGGCCAAUGCGCGGAAGCGACGAAGAAGGGAUACACAGACAAUUAGCAACGUCGACGCGAAACUGAGAGGAGCGACGGCGAAAGACACACCGCGAGUGCUCACGAAACGACAUUUGCCAUUGCGAGAGCGGCGCGCCAAUGCUGACGGCCUGCCAAGCAACACCGCAUGUUAGCCACAGUGAUACAACGGGAGGGUUGAAGAGGUUACUGAAGAAAGAAAAUGAAUUUGUGUUAAUUUCAAGGAGAAACAAAAAUAUUAGAUAAUGAUAAGCAGCUGAAUACUAGAUAAGUAACGGGAUAUACUAAUAUGGACGAUAAGUAAUGUCUAACCUAGCGCGCGAGAGCUAAGUAGCGCAAAAUAUCGCUAUACCCGAAGAUGUUCGGGCAUCCGAUCGGUUCCGUUUUAGUAAAUGGACUCGUAUUGGUAAAUUUACAGUUAUGUCGAAUAUUUAUAUGGAGUCGGCGAUUAAGAAGAUGAAGAAUUAAUGGCAUAAUAAGAUAAUUGAAUAGUAAUUAUAAUUACAAUAACAAAUACAAGAAAGUAAAUAUGUUUUAUAUGUGUACAGUAGUGAAUAAAUGAAGAAUAAAUAAAUAUAUAUAUACAUAUAUAUAUAUUAUAAAUAUAAUUAUAAUUAUGCGAUAAGUUACUAAUUUAUGUCCUAAACAAUAAGUAAAAAUACAACAAAUAUAAAUACAAAAUGCAAAUACAAAUAAAAGGGGAAAUCAAAAUUUUACACCUAUUCGUAUAUACAUACUAAGCCAACAACAACAAGAAACAAAGAACAGGAGCAUGAAGAAAGCUGCGUCGAGGGCUAGCCUCGAGCACCUGCCGAGGCAGGCGAUACAGGCAUACAGAAACACACACACAAACACAUGAACACUGCGUUCUGACGGGGUGUGGUGAAGUUGAGCAAGUUGUGGUGAAAUUCUAACCUGAAGCAUGCAAAGCACUGAAAAAUGCCAAACAACAACAUACAUAUUUAAAAUAAAAUAAAAUAAAUGAAAUUAAAUUAGAAUAAUAUUUAACUCAAAUCCGCAAAAUGGGCGAGAGAACUCGCUAAAUUUAUAAUAGUAAAUGUGCUGAACUAAAUAAUUCAUUUUUUUUUUUGUAUUGUAAUCAACCUUGUGUCCAAUUGCUACAAGUUGGAAACGAACACGAGCUGUGUUGGCCGAGUAAAGGCGGCAGUUAAAUUUAGAAAGAUAAAAGUCAAAUAUCCGAAUUUGUCUAAAUUGAAGUGACAGAGAAGAAGAAAAAGAAGAAGAAGAAGAAUUUAUUAUGCUAAAAUUAUUAGUUAACAGUAAUUGUAUAAGAAAUUGAUAUCGAUUGCGUACAAGUGUACAUACAUAGUAUUCGUAGAGUUUAGAAAGGUGGCUUGCCCUUCAAUAUCAGCUCCACUUGCCUUUUUGUUAAAACCAUUAGUUAUUUUUAAGUGCUUAUGCAAAACGGUUAACAUCUCAUAAAUCCUACGACCGACGAUAAAUAAAAGAACAUGAAACCAAUAAAGCAGUAUUACAAAAGAACACACGUUUUCAUUUCACAUACAUAGCAGAAGCGUAAGAUGCGACAGCAGAAGAGAGGAAGCGCACACAGCAGUUGUUUGUCUGUGUGUUGGUUCCGUUUGAUUAGUAUUUGCAUUUCAUUUCAUUUUAUUUCCUUCGUCAUUCACCGAACACAACUGAGCGUAUGUACGUGCGUUAGCGUGUGUGUGCGCGCGUGUUCGCCUAGCUAUUUCCUAGAGCAAAUAGAUUUUCAUAAUUUUUCUAAUUUCUCGCAUUUUACAAGAUCGAUUUCGUGCUUCGGCAGAGACGGCAAUGAACUUCCGUCCAUGUUUGUGCAAAAGAAAGUUGAGAAAUCGAAAAUGAAAUAUUUUGAUUGAAGAGAGAGAGAGAGAGAAGGCACAAUUCGGCAAGGACUCUCUGCUGCAGCACGAAUGAAGGGCGAUUCGGCAGAGCUUAAAGAAGACACAGAAAAAAGCAUUAGAGAAUUUAAUUGCAUUGUGUAGACAUUAUGCUUCAUUGCUUUUGCCAUUUCAGGCAGGUCCAGCAAAAAGCAAAGCUUUUAAAUUUAGUCCAGUAGCAUUUUAUAUUGUACAUACAAAGAUAAGAAGCCUAGUUGCUUACAUGACGGUAAAUGACAAAAGUUGCUGAAUUUGUUGGAAACAUGAGCUCUCCACGAGACCGAACCGGGCGCUUGUUGCCAAAGGCACUGCAGUCACGUGACUCACGCAACGCCCGAAUAUUCGAGGUCGAGGUCGAUAAAGCAAGCAUUGUGCAACAAAGAGGGGCAAGCAAGCAAAACACAAAAAAAAAACCUUUAAGAGCUUUCGUAGAGCGCAGAGCAUACUUAGCAUAAGCCAAGUGAGAAUCAAAUUAAUCAAAUACUCGUGCAUGGUAUUAUUAUUGUAUGUGUCUGUAUGUAUGUAUGUAUGUAGCGGUGUGUAGCAAAGGGUAAAAUAGCGCAUAAACAACAAAAAACAAAAACAAAAUAUAAAUAAAUAGGAACACAGCAAAUGAAAGGCCAAGAACCCCGUAGAAGCUACCCUCGCUGCUGGGGUGCCUUGCACCCUUCAUCCCCGACCACUAUGUCCUGUAGAUGAAAGGGCGCGAUGUGCAUUUAUGCAUUUAUGUCCGAGUAGUUGAUAGCUGAUGAAUGCAAAUUUUUAUUAACAGAAAUAUUUGCGAAAUUUACCAGCCAUAACAACCACAAAAACGAUAAAAGCACGCCAAUUCUCUCCUAUAGCAUUAGACUUUAACCGUAAACCAAACGCAUAUGAGAUAAGAUUUAGAUUUAUCUAUGAACAUGUAGGUAUGUAUGUAUGUAAAUAUGUGUGCUAACUGUGCAAUAGCUAAAUAUCGUUCAACAGAUAUUAUCGGCUAAAAUGUAUGUAUGUAUGUAUAUAAGAGAACGAAUAUAUCCGUUGCUUAUGCGACUACCGCUUACUAAUUUACUAAGUGUGCGAGCUGUUUCGCCUCCCUCCCCUCCUUUAGGAAUCAUGCUUAAAAUAUAAUAUUUGACAUUCUAAAUAAAAAACCAACAACAAAAACAUUUGAAUCAAAAUGCACUUACAUAUAUUUCAUUUUCGCCAUUUUCGCCGUAGUUAUUACGUAAUACCGAGCGUAUUAGCUCAGCUCAAGUAGCGAUUAUCCUACUUACACUGUAAUUAUUGUGAUAAAACUGAAUAUGCAUUAUGACUACCACAUGUUUCGUUAGAGCUUUGGGGCGUUUAUUUGCAUGUUUGUGUGUUCGAGGUAAAAAAUGAAAUUUUGUGUUUCAAAAUGUUCGGUUCUCUUUGCCGCUAUUUGUGAUGCUUUGAGCCUAGAAAUUAGUGCGUGUGUUAGUGAGUAAGCGAAAGUGUAAACUAUUGAACCCAAACUAAUACUAAAACUAAUAAUCUCCUCUGUGCUGUCGAUUGAGCCAACACGAAAUCCUCCUAAUCCCAUUAGUCCUAAUUGAAAUGUUGUAAAUUACCAGCGCCAGCUGAUCGCGGACUGGCGAAUUAUGCAUGAAAAAUGCAAUUAGCCAGCGUGUAGUCGGUGAUACGGAUCCAGGGCCGCUCUAGCCGACGGCGACAAGCGAAACCUCCGGAGCAACCGGAGCACCGCCCGCCACGAGCACACUGUACGCUGGCCAGGCUUUGUAAAUAGUAUUCGGGCAUAGAAUAAUUGUAAAUGUUAAUUAGAAUUGAAAUUAAUUUUUGACAUAACACACACCACACAUUACUUAUACAUAGACAUAAACAUAGAACUAGAUGUAGACGUAGACAUAUGAAUACAGAGUAAUUUAGAAGUAAUGAUAAUUAGGGCCAUGUGCACACCAAAUAUCCUUCAGCACAUGUCACAUGUGCACAUGUGUGUGUGUAUGUAUAUUAUAAGAGUUGUUGUUUUGAUUUUUGCCAUUUUUCUUAUGUCUACAAUUCGAUAAUAAUUGGCAACCCGAUCCAAUAUUUGAAAGAGCAGGAGUCAGUUACCUAUAAAUUUAACGCAAAACGAAAAACUGAAAUAAAAACCAAAAACCAAAAGACAAAAGACACACGAAAAAGAACUAUUAACUACUCGUUGAAAACAGCAAAAUAAAAUCAAAUCAAAUAAUGGAGAAUAGUGGGGGAAUAACUUCUCCGAGCUAACUCGGUCACUUGGCGAGCUUUUGUGUACCGGAUAGGAUAGGAGAUAGGAUAAUAAGGCAACAAAGUACGAAACGAAAUGAAUUGAAAUGUGAACACCAAACGAUCACGAAAGCAAUAAAAGAGGGAGAGCCACUCGCCACUCAGCCGGAGAGUCUCCAAAAGAGAUGUGACAAUUGAUUCACAUAGGGCUUUAAGUGUGCUUAAGGCGUAAUAAAGCUUGCUUCUUGUAUUCGAAACUCUUGGAAUGUUGGUCUCUUCUGAGUAGCCAUAAAAUGAAUAAUUGUCCAAACAAAACUGUACAUAUGUAAUCCCGAGGGAGCGAUUGCCUCUGCGUCGCCAACUCCAAUUAGAGAUAAUAGGAAGAAAUAUUCAAACUAAACAAAAAACUAUUGUAUUUUUAGAAGAUGAAGAAUAUGAAGAAGAACUAAUUAAGCUGAAGUUAAAAACUAAAUGAAAAUUUAAGAAACAGGGAAUCAAUUCGAAAUAGUUUACGGAAUAUUGUUUGUCAGUGUCGCGGCGAAAUCAGCGCAGCGGCCAUGAAAUUCUUUAGUGUUAAGGCAUUGAGAAACGAACGUAGACACGUGCGGCAGCAAAAAGUAGGAAAUGAAAUGAUGAAAAAUAAAUGUUUACAAUGUCAAGAAUUUAUAAGCAAAAAACAUAGAGAAAACUGAAUGUGCGAUAUACAUAUUUAAAUAUGAUAAGAACAAAUGCCACAAAGAGCAAGAAAAAUAUGAAAUAUGAAAUAUGAUAUUUAAAGUAUUUAUAAACUAAAAUAUAUACAGAUGAUGCAUAUAUGUAUGUAUGUAUAGCGGAGCAGCAGCGGAGGAUAUAAGUAUGAGUUAAGUAAUAGAUUGCAACAAUUAAUGCGUAUAUAUGUAUGUACACCAAGAGAUAUGUUUACGCAAACACCUUCUCUCUCCCUCACCCAUCAUUCAAGCCAUCCCCCUCCCCAUCCUUGCACCGCCACUCCUUAGUUAAACAAAAUUACUGUUACGCGGCAACGCAACGCAAAUCAGUAGAGAGAGAAGAAAGAAAUCAUUCAAAAUGUAUGAGAAACAGCCACAAUUACACCAACCAAACAGCAUAACUGUACAUGUGCAUACAUAUAUGUGGCGAAUGCAAAGUUGAACGGAAUGCAAACGCUGUAA